CGCACGGCGACCUGACGUCAUUGCGCUGUUUCCGGGUUGCUUCCGGGUUGCUGCCUGAUCCGUGUCACAGCGCGAGGAGCGGCGCCGAGAUGAAGCUCCUCGGUCUGGUCUGGGUUUUCCUCUGCGUCUCUGUGAUCCUCUGCACCAAACCUGCUCCUCCUUUGGACCCUGAAGUCCACAUGAACAUCUCGGAGAUCAUCAGGAGGUGGGGUUUUCCGUCGGAGGAGCACGAGGUGCAGACGGAGGACGGGUACAUCCUCUCCCUGAACCGCAUCCCUCACCCCAGCAGAGGGCGCACUGGAGUGGUUCUCCUUCAGCACGGUCUUCUGGCCGCUGGGAGUAACUGGGUGACGAAUCCUCCAGACUCUUCGUUGGGCUUCUUCUUGUCUCAGAGCGGCUUCGACGUUUGGAUCUCCAACAGUCGAGGAAACACCUGGUCCAGGAAACACUCGAGUCUGAACCCGCAUCAGGACCAGUUCUGGGCCUUCAGUCAUGAUGAGAUGGCGCUGAAGGAUCUUCCCGCCGUCAUAAACUACGUCCUGAACGUCACAGAGCAGCAGCAGCUUCACUACAUCGGACACUCGCAGGGGACAACCAUCGGUUUCAUGGCGUUCUCGUCCCUCCCGUCUCUCGCCGCUAAAGUUCGGUUGUUCGUGGCGUUGGCGCCGGUCGCCACGGUGGAUUUCACCCAGAGCCCGAUGACCAAACUGUCCGUGCUGCCCGAGAUCGCCAUCUGGGACCUGUUCGGGAGGCGGGACUUCCUGCCUCAGAGUCACGUGAUCGAGUGGUUUGCAGAACACGUGUGUCCGGAGCACAGCGCCCUCUGCGGGAACCUGCUGUUUGUGCUCUGCGGCUUCAACCAGGACAACCUCAACAUGACUCGGACUCCUGUUUACACGACUCAUUGUCCUGCAGGAACCUCCGUCCAGAACAUGGUCCACUGGUCCCAGGCGGUUAAAGGCGGGAAACUCAGAGCCUUCGACUACGGAGCCAAAGAAAACAUGAAACACUACAACCAGACGUCUCCUCCGGUUUAUGACGUGAGGAGGAUGAAGGUUCCUACAGCUCUGUUUUCUGGAGGACACGACACUUUGGCCGAUCCCAAAGACGUGGCUCUGCUCGUGCCCCAGAUUUCUAACUUGGUUUUUCACCUGCACCUGGAGACUUGGGAGCAUCUGGACUUCAUCUGGGGCCUGGACGCUAAAGACAAGAUGUUCCCCUCCAUCCUCAAACUACUGCAGACCUACUGAGACCAGGACCAGGACCGGGACCAGGACCAGACCUACUGAGACCAGGACUGAGACUGGCACCAGACCAGGACCAGACCAGGACCAGACCUACCGAGACCGGAAUUGAGACUAGACCUACGGAGACGGGACCGAGACAGAGACCGGGACUGAAACCGGGACUUGCUGAGGAUCCGUUUACCAAGUGAAAAGUCUUUUUUUUUUAAAGUGUUUUUGUUGAAGAGUCGAGACCAAAAUGUGACGUCACAAUUUACCACUGUUGGAUUUUUCACUUUUAUUUCCGUUUUAUUUUGGUUUUAUUUCCGUUUUAUUUCCGUGUUGCUCAGUGUUCGGAUCUGAACAUGUUUUUAUUUUUGCUCUGAUUUUAAGUUUAAAUUUGUGUAAAAGCAAAAAUCACUGUUUUUUAUUUUAUCACAAAUUAAACAUCUGAGAAAUUUA